UGGCUCAAAGAUUCUAUGGAAGCUGAAAGCAAGGGAGUUGUCUCCGCACUCAAAGGGGAAUAUAUCGUGAUAUCAGAGGUGGGACGAGGCUCUUUCUCCACCGUUUGGAAAGCCGUGCACCGGCAAAGCGGCAAGGUGGUGGCUCUCAAGCAGGUCCACCUUUCCCUCCUCAACCGCCACCUCAAGAACUGCUUGGAUUGCGAGCUCAAUUUCUUAUCCUCCGUUAACCACCCAAACGUCAUCCGCCUCCUCAAUGCUUUCCAGGAUGAAAGCUGCGUAUUCAUGGUGUUGGAGUUUUGUGAUGGGGGAAAUCUGGCUGCUUAUAUCCGGCAGCACGGGCGAGUUGAAGAACAGAUUGCCAAGAGAUUUAUGCAGCAGCUUGGAGCCGCGUUGAAAUUACUACAUUCGCACCACAUCAUUCAUCGAGACUUGAAACCAGAGAACAUUCUACUCUCUGGCACUCAAGAUGAUGUGGUGCUAAAGGUAGCUGAUUUCGGUCUCUCAAGAAGUUUACAUCCAGGUGAUUAUGCGGAGACAGUUUGUGGAUCCCCGUUGUACAUGGCACCUGAAGUUCUUCAGUUUGAAAGAUAUGAUGGGAAGGUUGACAUGUGGAGUAUUGGCGUAAUUCUUUUCGAGCUUCUCAAUGGUCGCCCUCCUUUCCCUGGUAGGACUAACGUUCAGGUGCUUAAGACCAUCAAGUCAUCCACAUACCUUCCUUUCGACCAAGACAUCCUUUCUAGAUUGCAUCCUGACUCGGUCGAUAUGUGUUCAAAACUGUUGUCUCCAAAUCCAGUUACGCGCCUGUCCUUCAGCGAAUUCUAUUUGCACAGUUUUUUUCAAGGUUUUCUAGAAGAGUUGAGAUGCGAAACAAUUACGGGUACACAAAUGUUCUAGCACUCUGUACAGAAGAUGAUUUUACUGAUGUGUAUGAUUCCCAUUACGAUAAACUGCACUAGAAGAGGUGUUGAACAGAAAUGUCAAGAUCUCCAAGCUCCAUGGCUUUGCCAUGGAUCGGGAGAAGUGCAAUUUCACUGUUUUAGACAGAUUUGGUGGUAAGUGUGUAGAAGUCAUAAGUGAAUACCGGAAGUCCGUUGAUUCCAACAACUCUUGAGUUAUUUGCUUCUGUAAAUGGACAUGUUCAUGAUACAACAGAAAUUGAAAUCCUCCUACGAAGGCAAGACUCGAUGAGUAUUUUCGUUCC